AUGGCUGCUGUGGCAAACGCAUCUAGCAUGCAUCCCGAGCUGCUGGAGGCGGCAAUGGCAUGCCAUGGCAGCUGCAGGGAACUGACGAACCUUCUGAACGGAGGAGCGGCUGACGUGCCUAUUGAGGUCGUCGUCGACGUCGACCACCCCGCGCGCCCACCAGCGUCGUCCUUGCUCCUGGAAGGGGUCACCCCAGACGGGGACUCCGCACUCCACAUCGUAGCAGCCUACGGGUACCUGAAGAAAAAAGCCAGGGCAGUCUACGACAAGGCGCCGCGCCUCUUGGGCGCGCACAACGGCGGCGGCAGCACGCCGUUGCACCGCGCCGCCAGGGCCGGCCACGCCGCGAUGGCCGCUCUCCUCGUUGAGCUGGCGAGAGGGGAACAAGUCGCUGGUGAAGAUGGGAGGGUGGAGACGCUGGUGAGGAUGCAGAACGGGCUCGAGGAGACAGCCCUGCACGAGGCGACCCGCGCUGCUCAGAUGCCCACGGUGGCUGAGCUGAUGGCAGCGGACCCCUUCCUCGCUCGCGUCCCGGACGACGGAACCGCGCCGUUGUUCCUCGCCGUCUCCCUGCGACAUGAGGAAAUCGCGCGGGAGCUCCACGAGAGAGACAAGAAGCUGUCAUACUCCGGGCCUGAUGGGCAGAAUGCUCUUCAUGCUGCAGUUCUUCGAAGCAGAGAUAUGACAGAAUUACUACUGAACUGGAACAAGGAGCUUACUAAAAAAGCGAGACCAACUUGGAAACACGCCUCUACACUUUGCCGUAUCAUUAGAAACGGGCACACGUGGUAUGCUUCCCCAAUAUGCCGUGCCAGUGGUAAAUGGAACUAGUAUUACAAGUUUUCUGAACGUAGUUGAAACACCAAUGGACCUUACCAUGCUAAUAUUGGAGGCGGAUGCAUAUUCAGCAUAUCAACCAGACAAAAAGGGUCAUUCCCCAUACAUGUCGCUGCUUUAGCGGGAAGACUUUCAUCUGUCAUCAUCUUACUUUUAAAGUGCCCAGG